AUAACAUAGUGAUACUACGGAAGCCGGAAGUAAGUGAGUUGUGGAGUUUCAUAACGUAAUCACUUAAAAAAUGGACAUCAGAAUAAUUUGGGCUCUUUGUUUGACUGUGACUUCAGUAUACGGUCAAUGUCCAAUCUUCUGUACUGAUGAGUACUAUCCCGUCUGUGCGUAUAGCUACUACUAUGACGAAUACUCAACAUUUCCCAAUGAGUGCAGUUUGGACUUGGAAAAUUACUGUUAUGGGGAAGAUUAUGAAUUACAGUAUUUUGGAGAGUGUGAAUUUUACUACUAUUAAACAUUUAUAAGAUGCCAAUCAACCAUAAAUCAUCAUCAACCAAUCAACAAUCCUAAAAUAUUGUUCCACCGUUUACACGGAUUAAAAAUAUUAAAAUUUGUUGUUUGUUA